UUGGGAUGCGUAAAAAUGGCGUCGAACUAGCCGGUGUGUAUUGCUAAGUUUGAAACGACUUCUGACUAAGAUGUAAACAAACAGCGUAGGAUGUGGCGAUUUAUCUAUAGAAAAGUAAAUGGCCGUCCCGGCAAUUCAUCUCUUCGUCUUGGGCAGAUUCAAGCUGCUGAGAAGAAUGAAGAUAAGAAUAGUUCAUUCCCUGAAGAAAACGAUAAAGGUCCCCUACAGUCCCGAAGGUAUCAUGGCAAAGCAUUACUGGUAACAGAAGCCAAAAAAUGUGGAGAGCAAGAGAUGGAACAUUUCAAGUCCAGUUACGACCUCGUGCGAUGUAUUUUGAACAACAUUCAGAACGCCCAGAAAAAUCGAACCAUAAUUUUCUCGAAUUGUUUUGCCAGAGGAAAGGAAGAUGAAAAUUCCAAUCCAUUCCAUGGGGAAUUGCGAUUGUGGUGUUCAAGAGUGCUUGCCCUUUCCAGCCUUCUAGCUUGCCGCAAGUUCAUUACAGAUGAAAAGUCUCCAUGGGGUGUCAAUAUCAAAGCAAUUCCCUCUCAUGUGUUGUCAAAGAUUUUGCCAGAGAGCAGAUUCCAUACCACUCUUGGAGUAUUGCCUUUUGCUGGAAGCUCUCAAAUCCAUAAUGUGGGGAAUGCUAUGACUUCAGACCCUCUAGAUCAAGCUAUUGCUACAUUCCAGGCUUCAUUCAGUGAAUGUACCGCAGCCACCCAAAAUAAGCUUGGCAUAAAGUUUGCAUCACUAAAACAGCACCAGAAGGCAUUUCUCCUUUUCAUGCAAGCUAGUGACCGAGGCCAUCCUAUGGCACAAUUUAACCUGGGUUUGUGCUAUGAGAAUGGAAAAGGAGUGGAAAAAGAUUUGGGUAAAGCUGUAGAGUGUUAUGAAAAUGCUGCAGCUCAGGGCCAGGCAGGAGCUAUGUAUAAUCUGGCUAUUCUUUACAUGCAGGGAGAAGGGGGCCUCUCGAAAGAUCUUCAACAUUCAAUUGAGCUUCUAAAGGAAGCUGCAGAACAUGGUCUGUGCAAGGCACAAUCAUUUUUAGGAUUGUACUAUGCUGAUGAAUCUUCCAGCCAUUGUGAUUAUGAAAAGGCAGUUCCUUAUCUUAAAAUGGCAGCAGCUAAAAAUGAUUCAUCAGCAGAGUACACUCUUGGAAUAUGCUAUGAGCGUGGCCUUGGUGUUGAGAAAGACACGCCCAGAGCCGGAAUGUUCUACAAGUCUGCAGCUGAGCAUGGACAUACUGGAGCACAGUACAAUAUAGGAGUGUUCUUUGAGCAUGGUCUUGGUGGCUUUGUGGUCAAUAAAAGGGAAGCUGCUCGAUUUUACCGUAUGGCAGCAGAGGCAGGAGAUGAAUAUGCUCUUCAUAAUCUUGUACUCCUGAGAAAGUCAGUGGAGACAGAGAAGCUGGUUAAACAAUCAGUAAAGCCUCAAAACCUGGUGUUCUCUUUGUUUAAGGAAAUGGUCAAGCCAAGUGGAAUGAGUACCAGUAAUCAAGUGAAUCAGGAGAAUCAAGGUAUACCUCGCUGUGCAUCCAGUCCUGUCAUUCUAGACCAGCCUGACAUUGAGCAGCAGAGUGCACCCUCCAACACAUCAAACGCAUUGCUGGCAUUUUAACCCAGUGCAAAUGUAAGUGAACAUCAAAUUUAGGAGUUGUCUCUCCAGUAGAACUGCACAUCAUCAAAGCCAUUGCUGGCAUUUUAACCCAGUGGAAAUGUAAGUGAACAUCAAAUUUAGGAGAUGUCUCUCCAGUAGAACUGGAGGCUCAAUCUUCACCCCAUAGUCACUAAUGGCACAAACCGAACAAGGUGUUACUUGGAAAGAUAAUUGUGAUUUAAUUAAUAACCAUUGUACCUGUUUCCAGUUAGUAACCAGUUUUUGUAAUGUAGAAGAUGUAGAAUAAAUGUUGUGUCUAGUCGAGACAUGACAAUCCUGUAAUUAAAUUUUUUUAAAAUUUGCAAAAUUUAAGACUCUCUCUUUUGAUACAACUUUCAUAAUUUUGUUGUAUAUAGUAUUUACACAAAGGUAAUUAACAGUAUUUCGUUAACGAAAAGUCAACUCAAACCUCUUAGACAUAAAACACUUCUCAUGCAAAUAUGAGGAAUAAAGAUGCAAAAGCUGUUCUCAAAUUUCUAAUAAGGAUUUCAAAAAGAAUAUUAACAAUAAAAGUGCAACAUGAUGUUGAGGCCUCAUAUCAUUAUUGCUGGUUAGAAAAGAUAUAAACAAAAGUGCUCUGUAAUCACCCUACUCCCCUGCACAUUUACACAGGAAAAAGACAAUUAAUAGUCUGUUUUAAAGGUUUUGGUUUUUUCUUUUUCUUCAAUGGAGCAUUUAAAAAAAUUAAGCACUUAGCAUCUUCUCAACAAUGAUAACUUCAUCUAAGGUUUUAAUUGUUAAUUUUCCCUUUGAAAUCUUAUUUUCUAAUAGAUUUUCCUACAGAUAUUAACUGUUGUAUUGUUACUGUGUGACCAAUAAAGUAUCUUCAUGGAAAAC